AUGAGAGUAUUCCCCAUCGGUGCCAUCACAUUGACGGUAACGGUGGGAGAUUACCCCCAACAGAUCACUAAGGAAGUAACAUUCCUAGUGGUCGACUGUUCGUCCGCUUACAAUGCCAUUCUCGGACGACCCACCCUCAAUUCAUGGAAGGCUGUAACUUCAACCUACCAUUUAAUGAUCAAGUUCCCAACGGAUUAUGGAGUAGGAGAACUGCGUGGAAAUCAGGUGGUAGCACGAGAAUGCUAUAUUGCUAUGCUGGAGAUGGACGAUCAACAGCAAACAAUGUGCAUAGAAGAACAACGGACAGUAGCAGAGCCAGUUGAAGAGUUAGAAGAAAUAAUCCUUGAUAACUUAAGGCCAGAACGGACGACUAGAGUGGAUACAUUAGCAAGCUGGUCGAUGUGCCAGGAACUCACGACAUUCUUAAGAGACAAUCAAGACGUGUUUGCCUGGAGUCACAAGGAUAUGCCGGGGAUCGACCCCACAAUCAUGGUUCACAAACUAAAUGUGUCAUCUACAUUCUCCCCAAUCCGGCAGAAGAAACGAGUAUUCGCUCAGGAGCGAGACAAAGUCAUUGCCGAGGAAGUACGAAAGUUGCUUGAAGCAGAUUUCAUUCGAGAAGUGUACUACCUCGACUGGUUGGCAAACGUCGUCAUGGUUAAAAAGGCUAAUGGAAAGUGGAGGACGUGUGUAGACUUCACGGACCUCAAUAAGGCCUGCCCCAAAAACAACUAUCCACUCCCUCGGAUAGAUACUCUGGUAGACUCAACCGCAAGACACCAGCUUUUGAGCUUCAUAGACGCUUUCCCGGGCUAUAACUAG